AUGAAUCAGCCUGAUACCAAACAACUAUCUCCCAAAACAAAUAUACAUAUUUAUCAUAAAAUAUCGUCACAAUCUGCAUUUGCAACAUCAUUGCGUGACCGUCCUGUUGUAUUCAAUUCUCAACAUGUUGAUGAUCUCAAUCGAAAAUAUUCAAUUAGUUCAAAUGAACCAAGACAUUUACGAAUUGAUGAAGGUAGCCUGCAAAUGACAAAUGAUCCAAAUAGUGUAUUUUAUCGACGUUUAAGUCAACAAUUACAAAAUACAAGUCCAGCUGAUGCUCGUUCGACAUAUGAAAAGGAAAAACUGAAGUUUUUUGACCAAUAUGAUUCAAAACUUGUCGAAUUUCUCAAAGAUCGAGAAGGCAAUCUGAAAUCAAAAUAUGACAAAGCUUUUAUCACGUAA